AGGGUGAAGAUGGCUGGUCGAUGGCUUCGGAAUCCGACCUCGUACGCUCUGCUUCCUCACGGCGAACCAAGAAAUGAGAGGAGAAGACGCUUCUCCUCUGCUGGUUCCCGCCGCUAUCCCCGAGAGGGGGUUCGAAGAAGAGGAUCGCUUGUGCUGCUCCCUCCGCCUUCGGAAUGACGUCGAUGUGGUCGCGGAAGCGAGGCGCCUGCUUUCCCUGGCGGGGCCUCUAAUCGCUGCGAGCCUCCUCCAGUACAGCCUUCAGCUCAUCUCCAUCAUGUUCGUCGGCCACCUCGGCGAGCUCAAUCUCUCCGGUGCCUCCAUGGCGACUUCCUUCGCCAACGUCAGCGGUUUCAGCGUGCUGUUGGGGAUGGCAAGUGCAUUGGACACCUCAUGUGGACAAGCUUACGGUGCCAAAGAAUAUCAUAUGCUUGGAAUUCAUAUGCAAAGGGCAAUGUUUAUUCUUCUUCUUGUGAGUGUACCUUUGGCCCUCGUUUGGACCUACACAAGCCAAAUUCUCAUUGCAGCUGGCCAGAAUCCAGAGAUAUCAGCUGAAGCUGGAAAAUACGCUUGUUGGUUAAUACCAAGUCUUUUUGCCUAUGGUUUGCUUCAAUGUCUCAUUAAAUUUCUGCAAACCCAGAACACAGUGUUUCCCAUGCUGAUAAGCUCUGGGAUAACUGCAUUCUUCCACAUUUUUAUAUGUUGGGUUCUAGUGUACAUUUCUGGCUUUGGAAGCAAGGGUGCUGCUCUUGCAACCAGCAUAUCAUAUUGGAUAAAUGUGUUUCUUUUAGUAAUUUAUGUCAAGUUCUCUCAAGCUUGCAAGGAGACAUGGACAGGUCUAUCAUGGGAAUCACUCAAAGAUGUAUUUGACUUUCUAACACUCGCUGUUCCUUCGGCUUUUAUGAUCUGCGUGGAGUUUUGGUCUUUUGAGAUGGUAGUUCUCUUAUCAGGUCUUCUUCCUGAUCCAAAGCUGGAAACAUCCGUUUUGUCAAUCAGCAUUCUUGUCAGUCUCAAUACAAUGUGGAUGGUUUAUAUGAUUCCCACCGGUCUCAGCAGUGCUGUAAGUAUAAGAGUUUCAAAUGAAUUGGGUGCCGGGCAACCACAGGCCGCAAGCUUGUCAGUGCAUGUUGUCCUAAUCAUAGCCAUCAUGGAAGGUUUGGUCGUUGCACUGAUCACCAUUUUGGUACGCAAUGUUUGGGGUUACUUGUACAGCUAUGAAGAGGAUGUUAUAAAGUAUGUGUCAAUAAUGAUGCCUGUUCUUGCCAUAUCCGACUUCAUGGAUGGAAUACAAUGCACGCUUUCAGGUGCUGCUAGAGGAUGUGGUUGGCAGAAGUUCUGUUCUUUCGUCAAUCUUGGAGCAUAUUAUGUUGUUGGCAUUCCUUCAGCAAUCAUGUUUGCCUUUUUCUUGCAUAUUGGUGGCAAGGGACUUUGGAUGGGGAUCAUAUGUGCACUUGUUGUACAAGUCUUGGUUCUUACUGCUGCAAUCCUGCGCACCGACUGGGGUCAAGAAGCAAAGAAGGCAAGGGAUAGAGUUACGAGUGCUGCUAUCCACACAGGUCACUCGGACAGGUUUCCUGAUUCUCUACCAUCCAGCAUUGAAGCCUAUUGACUUGUUCACAGUCACACCACUAUCCAAAUUGGUUCAUCAUUAUCUGCAUUCUGCAGUAUGUUGAGCGAUCAAUCUGCACGAGUAAAAGAAUUGAAAGCUAAGUCUCUUGUACUUUUGCUAGUCUAUUCCAAUUCAACAUUCCUUCCACAGAAUUGUGUUAUUAGCUCAUUUGUAUUGACAAGAAACGCGAAGACCAUAUCCAGAUGCAUCAAAUGCUUCACCGGCGUCUCCUCUUCUCGAUAAACUUGCAUUUCCAAAGCCACCUACUUCUUGUAAAGUGUAGCAGCAUCUAAAGACUAUGUGCUUUAUCUAUCUAUAAAUAGGACUAGACAAACAACACUA